UCAUAAUUAUAAAUUUUACUGUGAUCAAUGUAUCAAAUUUGUGAUAUAAAUAAAAAUCUUUUUGAAAAAGAAUAUUUUAUUUUGAAUCAUUUUUAUUCCAAUCUCAUAUUCCCGUCUAUUUAUCUGUCCAUCUAUUGCAGAGCUAAAAUGACUGGUAUUAAUCAGUGUGAAGAUUAUAUGAUGUUUCAGCGAGCACUAAAGCAACUUAGAGAUAUUGAUGAUAAAAUCCUGUUUACCCUGAACUUGUCGACACCAACUCCAUCUAUCAAAGCACGUGGAACCAGUCCUACAGAAUCUUGCCGUGAGCUCCAGCAAGAGAUGGAGACUAACUAUAAACACAGAAGUGAAAGUUUGAACCGUUGUAUAAGCCUAAUGGGUGGUGAGGUAAAGAAGUACAAAUCAGAUUUUGAAACUGGGAAUGACGCUUCCCUACCUAUUCUCAGAACUAAACAAUCAACGCUUCGGAUGCUACGUAAUGAGAUGAAUGUAGAGGAAAUUAUCCAAGAAAGAACUAGAUCUCUCUUCAAUCUCAAGUGCAAAGAAUUCCUCUCCUAGUAAUAACAUUUCAGUACUGCAUUUUGCUUCAUCAUUUUGCCGUACAUCAGGAUUAGAUGAAUUUGUUAUUUAGGCUGUCAAGUGUAUUCUGUACAUGAUGUGUUCAUUUCUGUUUAAUUUUGUAUUCAUGACAUAAUGUUGUACACUGUACAGUACUUUUCCCAAGUCAUUCUAAAAGAUUCUAAUGCACGAGCAUAGUUUUCUGAUAACCCAAUUUGAAAUUUCAUUGUUAUUGGAGUACUUUGUGCAUUUAAAAGUAAUGUACUGCACUCGUUUGUACUUUACAGUAUGCAUAAAACAAUACUGCACUGUCUAAUGAACUAAAAAUGUACAGCUAAUUUUGCAGAACUGAACACUGAAAUGCUACACUUUAUACCUUUUAAUGAGAUUUUUAAUUGUUUUCUCACAAAUAUAUUUUUAGUAUAACA